AUACAAUUCAUUUAUUGAAAAAUUCAAGGCUUUUCUAACGUAUAAUUUACGUUCCUAAUUAGUGUUUAAGGUCUCGACUAAAAAAAUUAAGAAAAUAUUGUGUUUCAAAUAAUGCCUGUGCGAAAAUACAGACGCGAAACUACUGAAAUUAAUUGCUGCUUAAAAUAUAUAUUAUUCUCCAGCAAUGUAGUGAUAUGGAUGACUGGCUUGGUUGUACUGGCUAUUGGAAUAUGGGCUUGGAAUGAAAAAGAUAUGUUUAGUAAUAUUACCAAAUUAACGUUUAUAGCAUUAGAUCCAGCCUUUGUGCUGAUUUGCAUAGGGGGAAUAACAUUUACCAUUGGGUUUACAGGGAGCGUGGGCGCACUGCGAGAAAAUACUUGCUUAUUGGGCACGUACGCAACUUUCUUAGCAAUCUUGUUGUUGUUUGAAAUGGGGUUCGGUGUUUUGGCUUUCGUGCUCAAGGAUAAAGGCUGGAUCAAGGAUCAAGCAACCGAAGGUUUAAGAGCUUUUAUCAUACAUUAUCGAGAAGAUCCCGAUCAACAAAACCUAAUUGACUGGAUACAAGAAGAUUGGUUGCAGUGUUGCGGCAUUGAAGGACCAAAGGAUUGGGACAGCAACAACUAUUUCAACUGUUCUUCCGGUGCGAUUGGGAGCCGUGAAGCCUGUGGGGUUCCAUUUUCGUGCUGUCGCCGUCGUCCUCAGGAACUGAUAAAGAAUAAACAAUGUGGUUAUGAUGUGCGCAAAGAAGGCUACCCUGUGGAUCGCCAUAUAUACGAGCGUGGUUGUUUACGGGCUGGAGAAGACUGGCUAGAGUCACAUUUAAUUGGUGUUUCGGCUACUUGUAUAUUUACCUUAAUUAUGCAGUUCGAAAUAUGUUCAAUUAGUGUACAACGUAAUAUAAACUUUAGUAUUAAAGACAAGUUUACCAUGGAUACUUUUCACAUUGGCGGGAAAAUGACUACCAGCUCAACUAACAAAAACGCUGCCAUAUUUAUAUGCUUGUUUAAGGUGAAUUAUGAAGUUUCAAAAAUAAUUUACGAAAAAGGUUGUGUGCAAGCCGGCGAAGAGUGGGUGGAACGUAAUUUAAUUAUAAUAUCUAUUAGUGCCAUCGUUACUGUUUUUUUUCAGAUUCUAGGUAUUUGCUUCGCCCAAAACUUACGCGCCGACAUCUAUGCACAGAAGUCAAAAUGGCAUUGACAAAUGCCGGCUGCUACGCCCACUACCAUUUAGGGACCUACCCGAUGUACUUUAUUUGAAUAUCGACUUUUAUGGUAUAAUAACAAUAACAAUGAUAACAAUGAUAAUCACUGCAACGAUAUCAGGUCAUAAAUAUGUAUAAGAAAUAUUGCCAAGUUUUUCGCACUCUACUUUAAGAAACAUAUUUUAUACUGCUAAACGAAACUACGAGCAUAUUUUUGUACUAUUUCAUUUAAUUCAUAUCAUUCCUUACACCAUUAAAGGGUAAGUUGUUUAUUACUAGGUCGGGUUUUCAAACUAACUUUUUGGCCCGAUCUAAUCAGAUCAACGGCUUGUGACUUUUAUUGUCAAUUGAUUUAAGAGAUUCAGACAACUACAAAUUUAAUGAUUUAAUCCUUUCUCACGUUCUUCUGCAUCCUGAAUGUUUCUCUAUAUAAUUCCGUGCAAAAAACUCAUAUCUAAUAUUGAACAAUAUUUUUAACACACAUAGAUUAUGGUAUUGAUAGACCAAGAAAUUUUCAUCAAAAUUAAUUAAUUAGUCCUUAAAAGCUUUAGACUCUAAGUUCGCAAGUGGAAAAGAUUGCAGAGCUUUGUGUAAUUAGACAAGUUAAAGUACUCUCAUCCGAAGUUAAACUGAAUUUUUAUAAUUGAACAGUCGUAGGCAGCGUAGUCCGAUUAAACUAUAAAUCCGUGUUAAAGCAAAGUGUUGAAACUUUAAAAAUGUUAUAGCAGUCGAACUAUUUUAUAUUCUCGAAGGCUGACAAUGCUCUCAAACUUCUUUUAUUUUUAUAAAUAAGAUUAUAUCGUUAUAUUAUAUAUACAUUACAUUGCAUUGCAUUCCCUUGUGGUGUAGGGUACUAAAUAUUCGAAUCUACUCGACUAUAAUUUCAUUUGGCUUGAAAUUUUUACUAACUUGGAUGUUAUAUUAUUUAGAAAAUGGCCUCAAUGCAUGCAAAUAUUAUUUUCUUUAAGAUUUUAAAUUGUCUUAGCAAAUUGUUAUCUUGUAAUGCAGCUGUGAUAGAAACAAAAGAAUGCAUUCUUUCUCUUUUUAAGUCAAAAGAAAAAUAUCUUGACAAGAAAUCCUUUAUGAGGAAAAAGUCAUCGACAUUUACAACACAAAUUGGAAUUAAUUAGUUAUUCACCAGCAACUAAACUUAAAACUAUUUCUAUUAUGAAUAAUAAUAAUAACGAUAAUGUUUUAAAUAAUGUGAGGAGCGAAGCACUGCCAUAAACAGAAACUUCCUAAAGCAAAUUAUGAAUACUCACCAUUAGAGCUAUGUUCGUUUUUUGCUGUACCUGGUGCAUUUAAUUGUGUAUUGUGUAAAAUAGA